UUCCUUUCGCUUUCACUGCUUGCCUGCUAUGAUGAGCCUUUUGCACCAAACUUCCGUCAACAGGUCUCCUGCCUCCGGACCUUCUGCCUGCAGUCUAUCGCCAGCUCUUACCCUCAAUAACCAGGGAGUGCUAUCAAUCUCCUCUCAGCCCUCGAACACACUUGAGACUGCAAAGGCUAGCGACUUUCAGUUAAAGGAAAUCUCACCACGAUUGCCCCUUCCUCAGACUCUUGCACGCGUCAAGGCACAUAUCACUCAAAGGUCUCUACUAGACCACAAGAAUCAAGAUUCAGAUGAUCGAUUGGAGUUUGUGGUAGAGAAAGGGGACCUGAAGAAAGUCAUUGAGAUACUAGAUAACAUUCCUGAAAGACGCUCCAUUCGAAUCAACUACGAGAUACAAAACCUCGAAGGCCAUAUAAACAUCAAGUUUGCAAUGCCAACGAAACCCCACGACGCUUCUAGUCACAGCUGGCUUCGGCUCCUGGAAGCCAUUUGGGCUUUCAAUUUUCCAGAUGUACAAUUCUCUCUUGUUUUUGGGAGCACGGGUUCAGCGACCUACGAUGCCGGAUCACAGUUCCCUAGCACUGCCCUUGAAAUUGGGUGGUCGGAGUCGCAUACAAAACUUGAAAAAGAUAUUGACGUUUGGUUGACAAUGUCACCUCUAUUGCUUUCUGUGUUUUCACUGAAGCUUUACAAAGACUCACACCCAUUUCGUGCAGUCUUGGAAAUGUGGCUCCGUUCAAAGAGCACAGGGGAGCCGGUCACGCGAUGGCAACUGGAGUUAAACGCUGGGUUGAUGAAUGAUGACCGUUACUGGGAAGGUCUUGCCGAUCAAAUCGAAAUUUACACCCACGACAUCCUUAUGGAUGCAUUAGAUGCAGUACAUGCCACCACCUUGUAUGCCGGGCAUUCCUCCACCCUCACGACUGAUCUACGAAUCCAAGAUGAAAUCUCGGCAAUACCUGGCAUCACCGAGCAACGGCUCCAAGUUCCCCCAGUUGCCUUGAAACGAUUCUUCGAUGGUAUCGUUCCUUAUGUCAAUUCCCAACGGUUGGGGGUCAAUGUCAGCCUCAACAAGCGUUACAUUCCACCGGCCACACCACGAGCAGGUGAUGUUUACUAACAAGGUGAGUCAGUGGGUGCCUUUAUUAGUUCUGAAUCCAACUUUAGAUUCCCACGUCACCCCCAUUUGUUGAAAGCGAAAUAUUGUUCUUGUAAUGCAAGCCACCUGCACCUGAUGAUAGUGCACUAUGCCGGUCAUUUCCAUUGAUUCCACGUAUAAACUCCAAACCUCGCUGUAGC